CAAUCAGUAACCUUCGACAUUUACUACAAAAAUGUAGUGGUGUAUAAAGCCAUGCGUCGUUAGAAGUUUAUAAACUAUAAAGGUUAUGUUGUGAACAGUGAGAGAUUAAUAAGUCAACAUGGAAAAUCAAAACGGUACAGCUGUUAAAAGUAAUAAUCCUGCUCCUACAGUUGAGCAGAUUAAUGCUGAUCGAAUAACUCAGCUUGCAAAUAAAUAUUGGGCACCUCAUACAACAGAUUCGCAUCUCCCUUUCAAUCCUCAAAUAGUAGAGGACAUUUAUGUGCAAGAAAUAUGUGCAUCGAAGUUCUCUAUUCGAAGAAUCAUGAUGUUAGAAUUCAGUCAAUAUUUAGAGAACUUUUUAUGGCCAAAUUAUAAUGCAAGCAAUGCAACUCGUGCUCAUACCAUGUCCAUUGUUGUUAUGGUCAAUGAAAAAUUUCGUGAACGUGUUCAGGUUUGGGAAGCGUUUGAGAAGAAUCCAGAACAUUUCCCAGAGUUCUUCCAAAAUGUUUUAGAAGCCUGUCUUGAAGAUAGUAUAAUGGAUUUUGAUUUAAAAGAACAGACAGCUCUGAUUGUAUUUUUGAAUCAUUGUUUUAAUUCUAUGGAAGUAUUAUUAGUUCGAGAAGAAGUAAAAAGAUUAGUCUCGUUGUCCAUGUGGAUCUCACUACAACAAGGUCGUAGAGAAUUAGAAUUUAGAAAAUAUCCAAAGUGGAGAAAAUAUUGGAAAAUUUUAAGGAAAAAAGACAAUCCAGAACUUAAAGAGAAGUUGGAAUGGGAGAGGAAAUUUCUACAUAGAUUAAUGAUCAAAUUUAUGACAAUUUUGGAAACAAUUUCGGAAGAAGGACCACUUUUACCAGAUAAAGUACGGUACUGCGAAAGAUUCCUUGAACUAGUAAUAGAUUUGGAAGCUCUGUUACCAACUAGGCGUUUCUUCAAUACUGUGAUGGACGAUUGUCAUUUGGUAGUGCGGUGUCAGUUAUCAAAGUUAUUAGACCGUCCUGAAGGUGGAUUAUUUGGACAGCUGCUGGAGAUGCUGAAGUUCUACGCGAGGUUCGAGAUCAACGAGGAGACCGGCGAUCCGCUGACGGAUCACGAUAUGACGCAGCUGCACUACACCAAGAUCACUUCCCUUCAGAAAGCGGUCUUCGCGAAGUUCCAGGACCUGCGAAAUUUCGCUCUGACGAACGUGGCCAGCGUGGACACGAGGGACGCCCUUUACAGGCACUUCGGCUCGCUCAGCCAGGAGAAGCUGAGAUCGAUCGCGAGCUACCUGAGUCUUGUGCCAUCGGAAGAACGGGAGAAAGAAGAGAAUUGGUAUCGGUACGACAUAGACUUCCUCCGUGAACUUCUGAUCUCUCGCCAUGAACGCAGAGCCUCCCAAUUGGAAGAGCUCAACGAGAUGCCGUUGUACCCCACGGAAGAGAUCAUCUGGAACGAGAGUAUCGUUCCGACGGAAUAUUUCUCCGGCGAAGGAUGUUUGGCCCUGCCGAAACUGAAUCUGCAGUUCCUUACUUUGCACGAUUACCUGUUAAGGAAUUUCAAUCUCUUUCGCUUGGAGUCUACCUAUGAGAUACGUCAGGAUAUCGAGGAUGCCGUGAGCAGGUUGAGCCCUUGGCGAGCCGAAGACGGCGGUGUUUACUUUGGUGGCUGGGCCAGGAUGGCUCAGCCUAUCACUCAGUUCGCGGUGGUCGAGGUGGCGAAGCCUAACAUCGGCGAGAAGAGACCGUCCAGGGUGCGAGCUGACGUUACCAUAAACUUGAGCGUCCGUAAAGAGAUUAAAUCUGAAUGGGAGAAUCUACGGAAACACGAUGUUUGUUUUCUGAUCACUGUCAAGCCACAAAACCCGAUUGGCACCAAAUACAGUCAUAAAUUGCCGUUCGUCCCACAAGUUGGUUUAACAACCGUGAGAGGAUGCGAAGUCGAGGGUAUGCUAGAUUCCAAUGGCAGAGUAAUAGAAGACGGUCCAGAACCUAGACCAAUUUUACCUGGUGACACUAGAACGUACAGGGUCUGGCUAGAUUCCAAUCAAUAUCGAAUCGACAUGGAUAACGCUAGUCACGGUGGCGAGGAUGUGUACGAGGGGUUUAAUAUUAUAAUGAGACGAAAACCAAAGGAAAAUAACUUUAAAGCGGUCCUAGAGACUAUCAGGGAACUUAUGAAUACAGAGUGCGUUGUUCCUGAUUGGCUCCACGAUAUAAUUCUUGGUUAUGGUGAUCCCGGCGCGGCUCGUUACGCCAGAAUGCCAAAUGAAAUCGCAACAAUGGAUUUUAAUGACACGUUUCUCGAUAUGGAUCAUUUACGCUCCAGCUUUCCUCAGUAUGAAAUUAAAGUUUCUACAGACGAUGAAAAGAAACUAGUGCGACCUUUCCGUUUAACGUUCCUGGAUGUUCUUGCCAAACAGAACAAUGAACCGAUAAAUAAAGUUAUCAGGGUUGAGCCACAUGUUCCACCCAGUCGGGGUCCUUAUAAAGCCAACGAACCUAAGAAAAAUCAGAUCCCGUUUACACCGACACAAGUCGAAGCUAUUAGGGCUGGUAUGCAACCAGGAUUGACACUUGUCGUGGGUCCUCCUGGUACUGGUAAAACGGACGUCGCUGUACAAAUUAUUUCAAAUCUGUAUCACAAUUUCCCCAAUCAAAGAACGCUAAUAGUCACACAUUCUAACCAAGCGUUGAAUCAACUUUUUGAAAAGAUCAUGGCACUCGAUAUUGAUGAAAGACACUUGCUCCGUCUUGGUCAUGGAGAAGAAGCAUUAGAAACGGAAAAAGAUUUCAGCAGAUACGGUAGAGUUAACUAUGUCUUAGCUAAACGUCUGGAUCUUCUAAUGGAAGUUCAACGACUGCAGGAAUCUCUGAAUGUGAAAGGUGACGUAGCGUACACGUGUGAAACAGCCGGACACUUUUUUAUGUAUCAAAUAUUAGCAAGAUGGGAACGCUUUGAGUCUAGACUCAAACAAAGACAAGGGACAGAGAAAAAUUCACCCCCUGCUUUUAUAAUCGACGAGGAAUUUCCAUUUCAUAAGUUUUUCGAUAACGCGCCGCAACCCUUAUUUAAACGUAACACGUAUGCAGAGGACAUGGAAAUAGCGCGCAGUUGUUUCAGAUAUAUAGAAAGAAUCUUUGCACAAUUAGAAGAAUUUAGGGCAUUCGAAUUGCUGCGAUCGGGUCUGGACAGAUCAAAGUAUUUAUUGGUUAAAGAGGCAAAAGUUAUUGCUAUGACCUGUACUCACGCCGCUCUCAAAAGACGCGAACUUGUGGAUAUGGGUUUCAAGUACGACAACAUUCUCAUGGAGGAAUCGGCGCAAAUUUUAGAAAUAGAAACUUUCAUACCAUUGUUGUUACAAAAUCCACAAGAUGGAUACAAUCGAUUGAAACGUUGGAUAAUGAUAGGAGAUCAUCAUCAGUUACCGCCGGUUAUUAAAAACAUGGCUUUUCAGAAGUACUCAAACAUGGAGCAAUCUCUUUUCGCGAGAUUCGUUAGAUUAGGCGUACCCACUGUUGAUCUCGAUGGUCAAGGUCGUGCUAGGCCCAGUAUUUGUAACCUCUACAAUUGGCGGUACAAAAAGUUGGGAAAUCUCGCUCACGUGGAACGCAGUCCGGAGUAUCUGGUAGCAAAUGCCGGAUUCUUGUACGACUUUCAACUCAUCAAUGUUGAAGACUUCAACGGAGUGGGAGAGAGCGAGCCUAGUGCUUACUUUUAUCAAAAUCUCGCUGAAGCUGAAUACUGCGUCGCUGUGUUUAUGUACAUGCGAUUACUUGGUUACCCUGCCGAUAAGAUCAGUAUACUGACCACUUACAACGGGCAAAAACAUUUAAUCAGAGAUGUGAUAAAUAUAAGAUGCGCCAGUAAUCCUUUAAUAGGUCGACCGAAUAAAGUAACAACAGUUGACAAGUAUCAAGGUCAACAGAAUGAUUAUAUAUUAUUGUCUCUUGUAAAGACUCGCGCUGUAGGUCACUUGCGAGACGCACGACGUUUGGUAGUAGCAAUGUCAAGAGCACGUCUGGGUCUGUACGUGUUUGCUAGAGUUUCCCUGUUCAAGAACUGUUUCGAAUUAACGCCCGCGUUCGAUCAGUUGAUGCAAAGACCACUGAAGCUGCAGCUACUUCCACAAGAGCAUUAUCCUACUGAAAGACUUAACGAUGCUAUUCCAUCUACCUCGCCCAUGGAAAUAGAAGACAUGCCGCAUAUGGCUAAAUUUGUAUAUGAUUAUUACAUGGAGAAAGUCAGCGGUAUGAAAGAAUCACAGAAAGUAUGGCAAAAGCCAGGUACCAUGCAAACAUGCAAUAGUCCAACCCAUAAGGUCCCUGCCCAUCCUGGAGCGGAUGACGAUACAGAUGAUGAAGAACUGAAUCAAACGGACAGCGAGGAUCAAAGCGUCAAGGAAGAGAACAUAGAGCCUAAAUUUGAGCUGAUAAAAAAUCUAGUGGAGGAACCAGCCUCGGAAAACGAAGACAAUGACCGUUAAGCGCUAAUUAAUGUAUAUGGAUAAAUAUAAUUGAAAUAGUAAUAAGAAAUGUUUUGUACUAAAAAUACA